GUGAGGAACCAUCACCUGAUAAAGGUGCGAAAGGCAGAAGAACCUUGUACGGACGAGGGGCAAGUCACAGCACCAUCAGCAGACCGCCUCCUCCUCUGCUGUAGCAACACUGCUCCUUCAUCAUCCUCCUGCUCUUCCUCUUGUGCCGACUGUGCUGUUGAUCGCCAGUCUGCAGGAGUCUUCUGCGUCUGCACAGGAGUCAUUCCUUCUUCUUCACAUUAUUUAUUGAUUUUGGACGAAAUCUGGGAGAGUCGAGGAGAUGAUGGGCAACAAAGAGCGACGUGUAGUGAACGUGAAAGGCUUACUGAGGAGGAACUGGCUGCUUAUUGCGACGGUUCUGUCGGUAUUGAUCGGUAUCAGUUUGGGUGUUGUGGUGAGGGAGUAUGCGUCCCUUUCCCAUCUCCACAAGCAGUAUUUCGGCUUCCCAGGAGAGAUCCUGAUGCGAAUGCUGAAACUGGUCAUCCUUCCACUCAUCAUUUCAAGUAUGAUCACAGGUGUUGCAGCCCUUGACUCGGAGGUGUCAGGAAAGAUAGGUCUCAGGGCUGUUAUCUAUUACUUCUCAACAACUAUCAUUGCAGUUAUUCUCGGAAUUAUUUUAGUGAUGACGAUCAAACCGGGUGUGUCUCAAGAAGCUGAGAACAUUGACAGAGCAGGGACCACCCCCAAUGUUACUACUGUUGAUACACUGCUGGAUCUCCUGAGAAACAUGUUUCCAGAAAACCUGGUGCAGGCUUGUUUUCAGCAGUACAAAACAAAGCGGAAAGAGCUGGAGCCAGUGAAAGUGUUGACCAACACCACCACGAUUGCACCUCUUGCUACUACAGUCAUGACAGUCGUAGAGAACAUCACUAGGGAGUAUAAAAUUGUUGGAGCGUAUUCAGAUGGAAUAAACGUACUGGGCCUCAUCGUGUUCUGUGUGGCUUUUGGACUUGUUAUUGGAAAGAUGGGAGACAAAGGCCGAAUACUCCUGGAAUUCUUCGAUGCCCUGAAUGAAGCCACCAUGAAACUAGUGCAGAUAAUUAUGUGCUACAUGCCGUUUGGUAUCCUGUUCCUUAUUGCUGCAAAGAUCAUUGAGGUGGAAGACUGGGAGAUCUUUAGGAAGAUGGGUCUUUAUAUGGUGACUGUGCUGAGUGGAUUAGCUAUCCACGCCACCAUCUGUCUGCCUCUCAUUUUCUUCAUCAUUGUGAGGAAGAAUCCCUACACAUUCACCCUAGGAAUGGCUCAGGCCUUGGUGACAGCCCUUAUGAUUUCUUCCAGGUCAGUAAACCUUUUUUCUUUUGCAUUUCACUUAUUAAGAUCCUAUCUGCCCAUCUUUAAGGGAAGUCAAUUCCUCACAAUGUGUUUCAGCUCUGCUACGCUACCUGUAACCUUCCGCUGUGCUGAGGAGAACAACCACAUUGACAAGAGGAUAACUCGCUUCGUGCUCCCAGUGGGUGCCACCAUUAACAUGGACGGCACAGCACUCUAUGAGGCAGUGGCUGCCAUUUUCAUCGCCCAGCUUAAUGACUACCCUCUGGAUGUGGGCCAGAUUGUCACUAUCAGCAUAACAGCAACAGUUGCCAGUAUUGGAGCAGCAGGAGUCCCCAAUGCUGGACUUGUCACCAUGGUGAUUGUAUUGACGGCUGUCGGACUACCUGCCAGUGAUGUUACACUGAUAGUUGCUGUGGACUGGCUUCUGGACCGCUUCCGUACAAUGAUCAAUGUUCUGGGUGAUGCCUAUGGAGCCGGGAUAGUUCAGAAACUAUCCAAGAGGGAGUUGGAGAGGAUGGAUCUGAUUUCAGACGUGGAUGUCGCUAACCCGUUCGCCCUGGAAACAACUCUAGAUGACGAGGAAUGUGAGAAAAAAUCUUACGUCAAUGGAGGCUUCACUGUCGAUAAGACGGAUGCAAUUUCCUUCACAGAAACCUCCCAGUUUUAGCUUGGAUCACAGGAGAGAGAAAUGCCACACAUACAGGAAGGAUUCAACCAGCCCAUCUGAGUUCAAGCAUCAGCAACAGCUGCCUUCAUUAAGCUUAGAUGAACAUGAUCACCUGCUAUUUUGAAUAUUGAAAACCACUAGAUUCAAGUGCUUCCUUAUUAAUCUAAAGCUGUGCCAAGAUUUUGAAAAGCCCCAUUUAGAUAGAUAAGGCUGAAAAGCUUCUUGCAAAGAGCACUUUAUCAAUAUGUCCUCCUGAUGAUAUAUCCCUUAAGGAGGGAUGUGGUGUUUGUGAGUCUGUAAUAAAAAAAAAUGCAUUGUUUACUCCUUGACGAGGCAAGAAGACUCUAAAUAUCCCAUAAUGCACUGCUUGUGUAAUAAUUAGGGAUGCUCCGAUCCGUUUUUUCGCUGCCGAUCUCUACCGAUCUCCGAUCAUUGCCGAUUGCCAAGGAUGGCUGUUAAUUUUUUGCUGUAGGCAUAAAUAUACUAUAUUAUGUGACAAAAUGGAAGAAUGAUCUGGCAAUAAAUUGACCUAAUUUAGACACAACAGACACCCUAUUUUAAUACAUAUCUAAAACCUGUUUUUAAAAGUUACAUGCUGCAGCUUUACGUUCGGUGCAUAGUGGCAGUCUAAGAGAAAGAAGAUCGCAGCGUCUUACACCGCCAGCUGGAAGACUUCAAUUAUUUUUCAGGUUAAUUAUUUAGCUUUCUGACCGUGAUGCUAAUCCGGGUGAAUGUUGGUAGUUGUUCUUUACUUUACCCACUGUCUGACCGCUCCGGAUGUCAUUUUUUAUGUGCAGUGAGUCUCAGUGUAGCCAAACUCCAUCAAGUGUUUGUUUUUUAAAUGUCAUUAGAUUUAUUGAUGCAUUUCAGCCCCCAGGUAAUUUUCCGCCGCAAACGUCUCCAUUCAUUCUCAGAGCAUUAUGUUCUACUAGACAGAAUCUUUUGCCACGCACUUGCACUGUUGCACGUUCACACUGCGCUUUUGACGCAGACUGUGGAAUGAGAUAAAUAUGAUCGGUUUUGAUGAUCGGCAACAAGAGACAGUGAUCAGCAAUCAUCAAUCAUACACUUUUUCAUGUAAAUCAGACAAUUAUGAUCGGUGACUGAUCGAUCUGCACAACUCUAGUAAUAUUGUGUACCUUUAUGUGUAUUUGAACUGUGCCAAAUGUAUGACAAGUUGCAUGAAGCAAUAUGCUAUGAUUAUUUAUCUGUGGUUGCAGACUAACUGUCAGUGAGAACUUUUUAAAGACUGGUUCAUGCAUAUUGAAUAUUGAUGGCUGAUAUCAAUGAACACUGUGAAAUUCUUCUUUUAUCCGAAACAUCUAUUAUUGAUAUAUUGCCAAAUAAGAAAAAAAUAUAAAAAUUGUAUUCAUGUGUGAGAAUACAUAAAUGUCACCUCCCCAUUGGUGUUUGUUGCCGCUAUACAUCAGAGCCUGUUUUGGUUUUUGGCCUUCAUUGUGCAGUGAUUAUUUUACAUUUUUUUGUAAUUUAUAAAAGUUAUGUCAAUAAAGACAGUUUUAUGUCUUUAAUAGACUAAAAAUAACCACAACCAUAAUUGCUGAGAGCUUUGUCAGUUUAGAGAAAUGGAUUGGCUUCUUAAAGGCAAAGAAAGGUUACUCUGCUCAGACCAGGGCUUGCAUAUGGACAAAUGUCCAUAUGCAAGUGCAACAUCCAUGAUGAAGCAUGCUGAACAAACAGAUUUGGACAUUUAUCAGGCAGGAGCUGCUUUCUGUGAGUCUUUUCAUGUGGAUAUAUAAUAAAGAUGUGGCAAAUA